UCUCGCUCUCUCUCCCUACCACCACCAUCAUCACCAUCAUCAAUAAAAGAUGCAUUAAGUAUCGGAGGGAGAUGAGAAGCUUGCGUGGGCAGAGGUGCGCAUACAACUUAUUACUGGACACCAUAAGCUUAGCGUGGGACGAUCCAUUUGCCAUCUUCCCAACAACACAGCCGCCAUUUAUCACCACGACUGUGUUUGUCUGCAUCAGGCUUGGAUGUAAAAAGCAGACAACAUGUAGAGCAGGCAUAUUCCGCUUUGCAACAGGUCGUCGCUAGCAUGGUCAGUGACAACUCAUUGAAUCCUUUACAUGGAAAAAUGCAUUGAUUAGGAGAGGAAAGGAGGCGUGCUAAAGAAACAAGAUGGCGGAGUCAACCCUUAAAAAACGAUCAACGAUGAUGCCUUCUCAGUGAGAUCGAUUACCACCUAUUAUCACGCGUAGGCGGAAGGUUGUUGUCGAACCUAGCAGCAGCUGGUGAGAGAAGGCCGUAACGUAUACUUUGCUCUCACGAUUUGUCCCUCUUCAGAAUCAAAAGAAGCGCCGUUGCCAAGAUCUUGAUGACUCUUGUAUUUGCGUCACCAACGACUUCAUGAGAGUUGGGGGUGAAGAGUUGGACUGAAGACCAUUCACAGUCAUGCCAUCUUUGGCGGUACACCUCAUCUUGCUCGUGACAUUUUUCUUAGGUCAGAGAAAUGAGGCUAAUGGGGAGCAGAUGUCAUGCACGGAUGCCCGUCGCGCAUGUGAAAGAGAUGAUUUCUGUAGCUUGGGACUCAUUGCUAUCCAACAUCACUGCGGAAACGUGGAUGGUCGGUCAUGUGAAGCAACGCCCUCAGGCCUUGUAAACUGUCUGAUGAUGUUACAAGACGCUAGGAUAUAUAGAGUCUUUGCUAGCUGCUAUUGCGACCCGUCCAGCCCCGAGUUUGCAGCAUGCCAUCAUCAGCAACGUCUGACCAUCUCCAAUCCGUGCAUGAACGCUACAGGUUCAGCUCCUUCACUGUCAAUCUCCUCCGAUGGGUCGUCGGCAAUACCUGCGCCAACAUCCGCACCAGGUAACUGCUUCAAAGUUAUCAAGGCAUGCAAGGAAGAGACGGUCUGCCAGGAGAAACUGCAGGCCUUCUACGAUGCUUGUCCUACGCGCAAGCACGACACAUGCAGAUUGACGUCCGCCGAGGAACGCGCUGUCUGCACGUCAGCACAGUGGGCCUUAGAUGAGAAUCUCAUGAACUGCACUUGCGAAGAAGACAGGAGUAAAUGCAAACGACAGAGAAAGCGGCUUCAAGAGAACCCCUGCGUCAUUUCAGCUCCAACCCACGGGGACAUCACAGCGGCUGCACCUCAUAGACUUACUGGUGAUGAGUCUGUUAAGGGCGAAUCAGAGGAGGAGGAACUAGACGAGCUUGAGGAGGAAUGCCCGGUGGAUGAAAGUAACGUGGUCAUUGGACCAAGUGGGGGUUACAACAAUGGAGCGAGUACGUGCAAGGAAGCCCUGACCGAGUGCACGAUGAACAAAGUAUGCCGUGAUGACUUUAGCGACAUCCUCAUCAAGUGCAACCCGCAAGAAAUCGAAGAGUACUGCAACCGCCAGGAGUGUCGAAGCAUAGUCCGCAAGUUCUUUACGGACACAUCGCCGAUCUACACUCACGCCUUGGUGUUUUGCCAUUGCCAGGUAGGCGACAUACAGUGCGAGACGAUCAAGAGAGGACUCAAUCCUACCUGCGCCCGAUCAGGGAUCCAGAACCUGGACUGCCUGGACCUGGUCCAACGCUGCAAUGAAGACUCAUACUGCAGGUCAGCUUACAGGAACUACCAGGAGCUAUGUAAGCCUUCAGACGAUGAGAGCGGUUGUGCCUACAGCUACGGUGCCUGUCGGUCUGCUAGGGUAGCUAUUAUCAUGACCAUCAUGGGAUCAAGUUGUUCCUGUGAUAGCAACAACACUGACUGUCGCUAUCACCAGAAGAUGAUCUUUGACAAUUCCUGUUACGACCGCUCCGACAAAGGUUACUACUCCUCCAUCGCACCUACUGAACCAGCCGAUCUACCUCCUACCGAGUGCGUUGUCAAUAACAGCCUGAACGGAAUGCCCUACAAAGUCAAGCCGGGAUCCCUCGCUUUGGUUCCUUUUGGUGAUAGAUGCUACUCAAUGUGCAUCUGUGUUUACAAUGGAAACCUGGAGAAUUGCGUGACUCAGCCUUGUCCGGACGACAUUCAUUGCACAGUUAACAACAUUGAAUAUAAACAUGAUGAGCUCUUUUCUCACCCGGCGUAUGGAUAUUGCAUAUGUAGGUCUGGUAACGUGCUGUGUACAAGAAGACACGAGUCGGGUUCAGAAAAAGAGUCACAGCUAGUAUUUCCAAGCAUCAGCGUUGCCUAUGACAGUCAGCUUCAGUACCACCUGAACUCACAGCUGGAGGAAUCGUUUGGAGAUGGAUCUAUCCUCAGGGGUCUACAGAGCAUCUUAGAUAAUCAGGAAUCGGUCCCCUGCCGAUUGCAGCUCUUGGAGAAUACAGACAACACUCUUCUAAUAUCCGUGUACUACACGGUUAAUAUGAACGCGUGCUUCAACCAGAUGUACAGAUUAUCCAACAUGAUCAACAUGAAGCACCCCGCGAUACAUUUGAACCCCACCCUCAGCAUCCUGAAGAUCGCCACGGUGGAGCAGGGAGCGCAUCAUCAAAAGCAACAAAACGGAAGAGCAACAUCGACUCUUAAAACAUCAUGUUCACUCGCGUCGUAUUUUCUCGUGGCAAUUUUGAGCUCGAGAUUUUCACUGUGCGGCAGGACCCUUUGAUACACGUGAAGUAAACAAACAAAAAAUCUCCUUCAGUUGAUCUGGACAGAUGUCCCACUGCAGAGUAAGGAGCGCAUCACCCAAAGUAGCGAAAAGACAAGUGCCAUCCACUCUCCAAACAUCAUAUUCAUCUGACAUCAUCAUCUUCAUUACCAUCAUGUGACGGCCAAAGCCGAGGUGGAGUACAUUCCACUAUUAACGUUACUUGGUUUGUUCAAUCAUGACUUUAGGAAAGUCUUCUCUAAUUUAAGAAUACAGAUUGCGAGUAAUUGUUUUGGGCGUCGGCCCCUUUUUUGGCAGGGCAGCCUCAAAUUCACUCAUGAUAUAUUUCCUCAUAGCAAUUAUGAGCGUGAACAUUUCGUUGUGUGGUAGGUCUGUUGGAUGCAUAAAAUAUGAGAAAAUGAUUCAUUUCUUUCAGUCGAUCUGAAGAGAGGUGUAAACUGUAGAGCACAAGAAGCAGCAAAGAGAACAACAUCAUCCAAUCGUCACACAUCUUUUAUUUCCUCGUAGCAGUUUUAGCGCCAUCUUUUCACUGUGUUGGAAACGAAAAAAACAUUUAUUUUCUGUCGAUCUGGACAGAGAAAUAAACUUGUUGAGCAACAAAAAGGACAAGCAUCAUACAUCAGUGCCUAUAUAGUACGAAGUAGCGUCUCUAAGCACGUUACAGAAUUACCCCGGUCAUUCGAUUCAUCCACACACAAUGUGUUCACCAUCACCACUCCCUGGGGAGCAUUCCUACCAUACGUCCACCGUGAGGGCAUAUGGCAAUUACUAACACAAAGGCUUUCGUCAUCCCGACCAGGUCUCCAUUUCUCACCUGGGUAUGGAAUGGCUAAAAUAGAAUAAUGCCUUUCCAAAUAUACCAAAGGACACCAUAUUGAACCCGCGACCUAUGCAUUUCAAAAUUAAUGAAGUGCUCAAACCACCUCUGCAUCAGUUCUAUCCACUGUGGAUCAUGGCGGUGUGCUUCAUCAGAAGCAAAAGAGACGAUUAUCUUUGACUUUACAUGCCUCUGAUGACACAUGUCCUUGUCGCAGUGGUGAGCUCGAUCUUCGCUUUAUAUUUACUAUCUAUUUCAAUGCGUGUGGAUUAAAACUGGAUUAAUCAUAAUGUUUGUAUUCGUAAAGGGGCAAAGAAAUGGUUCAAGUCUAUGAAUCAAUCUAACUAUUGCGUUUGUCAUCUUUGCUGAAGUCAACUAUACGAAGCCAUGAUUUGAGAAGGAUAAGGGAUCGGGCUUUGCUGGCAAAUAUGAUCUUCUUUGGUUAUCGAAAAUUGAAGCAUGUGUACUAGAAGCAGCAGUUGAUAUACCUCAGGUAAAAAUAAAAGAGGUGAGACUAUUUCAGAGUGAAGUACAGAGGGGCAGAUCAAAGUAUUUGAGAAAGAUUGAAAACGGGGAUAAACGUGACGUAUAAUAGGGAGAGAUGAGAGAGAAUGUGCGAGAAAAAAAACUUUAUUGAAAUGUAACAAAGAGUGAAAGAGAGGAGAAAAGAGAUUGAAGAAAAAAUGUUAGAGAGUUAGAUGGAGGAAGAGGAAUGGUAUAGUAACAUGCAGAAAGUUAUAUUUGUAUGUAUAUAAAUAUAUUUUUUGUUUAAAGGGGGGAAAGGAGAGUGAGAAAAUUGUGGAAUCAUGAUAUAAAAUGCAAUCAGGUGAUACAGUUAAAACUCAGGAACGCAAGCACAAAGAGACGUCACGUGACCAAAGUGCAAGUAAACUGCAAGAAAAGUUGAAAUGCCUAAUUAAGUUGCCUUCACAUUAUCUGACAGCGACAAAUAUGACAAAACGUAUAUUUUGUAAUUGUUUUAAGUUGAAUUUCAAAGUGCUUUGAAUUACCAAAGAUAAUCAUGAUUUUAUUUGUUAAAGUUAUUUUUUGUGUUAACCGUGGUAAAUGAAGUAUAUCUUAUUGUAUUAAUUAUUAUGUAUAUAACAACUCUUUAUGUCGUCAUUACUCUCGAGUCUUAUAACGUAUAUCGUAUAUUUUAUUGUGUAGCCCUUUCUCGUGAAGAAAAUCUCUAUAUUUUUUUAAUGUGUAACGUGUAAUCUGUAUACUGCAUGUGACUCAUUUUGUAGCGUACUUUAAGAAUGUAAGAAUACGAUGUUUGUGUGAAUUUUAUAUGUAAUGCAUGUGUAAAAUUAUGCCAGAUUUAAACAGUUUACUUAAUUUUCCAAAAAGAUAUAUCAAGAUGCCAAGCUUUAAUCUUUAAAAGACAGCCGGUAGCCUUUUUUUAAGAGCUAAAAAAAAAUCAGUAUAGGUCCGUAAUCUUUACUUCGCAAAGACAACGAUAUAAUAAGGGCACAACUUGACGGAUCUUCUCAUAAUAAACAUCGUUAUGGUUCUGUGAAAGACAAGCCACGUUUGUAAUGUACAAAACAACCAAUUCAAAAGAAAGAAGGUCUUCUGAAUUAAGAAGAUCUUCUAAUGGUGAAAACAGGAUUUAGAAAUCCAAAUCCAAUAAAAAAA